AUGUUGCCCAAGAAUUUUAUCAGGUGGUACCGUCAGAGGAGAAUGUCUCCUGCUGAGAGAGCAUUAAUGAGAAGUCUUUCAAGAAAGGCAGGCCGUUCAAUUGAAGACUGUGGCAUCACAAUUCUAGACCUAAAAAAUUACGAUGGAGAAUAUUCCACAGAAGUUUCUGACCAUGUUAUAUUGAGUGGAUCAUCAACGCACGAAUUUCAACUCAACAUCCUCCUCCUUCUCAUGCUCGUUGGCUCGUAUGAUAACAAAAACAGAGGGGCAAACGUUCACCAAUUGAUCGCUAGGAUUUUUAGUAAUGUGUCCAACACAACAGUCCUGGGUGACUUAAACUCGGGUUUUCCACUUUCCGCGUACACAAUACUAGUAAAUACACCUGAUGCGAUGCACAGGUACAUUGAUGUGACAGUCAUCUGGAGAAUAUUUAGGAAAGCAAAGAUCGACACUGUCAAUCUACUGCAAUCUAUCAUUAGCUGUACAAAGACUACUUGA